AUGAAGGAAAUGGAUGAACCAACUAUUAAGUCAAGUUUAUCUUCAUCUUUUUCACCUUGUUCACCUAAUGAAAUAGCAAUACAACCUGGAGACUGUGUUGAAGGUGGAGUUGAAAAAUGGUUGGAAGAUGAAGCAUUACCAGGAUUUCGAGUUUGGCAACUUGCUGGCAUAAUUCUUUCUAUUUUACUUAGUGUACUGAUUGGACUUUGUUGUUGCUUCCGAUUCAGAGUGCCACGAACUAAACAAGAAAUAGAGGCAGAUUAUAUUCGAAAAAAAAUAACAGAAAGUUUUAGACAUGAAUUAUCUAAAAUUAGUAAUACAGAAAUGGAUGACAUGGAUUUAAAGAAAGUUAACUCUAAUACACAUAACUGUUCUUCAUUAUUAGCAUUAAGCAAAAUUCAAAAUAAAUUUGAUAUGGAAAUUCAUGAGGUACAAAGAAAUGAGGAAGCAACACAUAAAAAUAUACAUGGAUUACGAUCAAGAUUUAAUGCAAUUUUUAGUGGAGUUCAUUUUAUUAAACAAGUAAAUUCUAAUACUGAUAACAUAAUUUAA